CACACGCACACCAUGAACGUCUACGAGUUUGAGCCCGCCACGCUGAGCAAGGUCGAUGCGCUGAAGAAGGAGUUUGAGCAGGUCGACGGCGACAUCCAGCGCCACGCGGCCAAGCUGCAGAAGCCGCUCUACGCCAAGCGCGCCGAGACGGUCAAGGACGUGCCGCAGUUCUGGUACAAGGCGAUGAGCAACUGCCCGCACCUUGCCGCCUACGUCGACGACAAGGACCAGGACCUGCUGCAGAAGCUCGUCUCGAUCAACGUCGAGCAGGACGAGCAGGAUCCGCGCAGCGCCACCGUCACGUUCGAGUUCGGCGACAACGAGUACCUCAAGUCGAACACGCUCGUCAAGAAGUUCACCGUCAAGGCCGACGCCGCGCCGCUCGGCAGCGACGAGGGCGAGUGGGUGGAGGACGUGACGCCGCACAAGACGGAGAUCGAGUGGACGUCCGACGAGAAGAACCUCGCCAAGCAGCUGCCGCUCAGCAAGCCCGGCGAGGAGGACUUCCAGCCCGGCUCCUUCUUCUCCAGCUUCUUCGACGCCAUCGACGAGCAGGUCACGAACGCGCUCGGCGACGCCAUGGUCAACACGUUCUUCCCGAACGCCAUCAGCUUCUACACCGGCGACCUCGUCGGCUUCGAGGACUUCGAGGGCAUGGACGACUACGACUCGGAGGACGAGGACGACGAGGAGGACGACGAGGAGAUCGACCUCGAGGAGGAGGAGAAGCGCCCGACGAAGAAGGCCAAGAGCAAGAAGUAAGCGGCUCCUGCAGUACCGAGCGAUUCUGUUCGCUCUCUCUGCGCUUCCGCCUCGCAUCUCUCCGCACCUCGCAUCCGUAUAUCUGCCGCUCCUAGUCACUUGUCGCCCGCGCCAUUGGCCGCUUAAUCUGGCAGGCCCCUCCUUUAUCCCAUCUCGAGCCUCGCAAUCGAACACACACGCUAUGAACAGACGUGCAAGAGGGUUGUAGGCGCCCGACGGAGGAUCUACAGGUGAUGCAGCGCAGAGGAAAGGGAAGUGGUGCAGAG